UGACACGCGGGACGGACCACCGCACCGCUCCCAGUUCCGGUUCCGGGUCCGCCUUCCUUCCUCUCCAAUCCAGCUUCCGCCUUCCUUUCCCACCCCCCCUCGCCGCAAGUAAGAAAUCGAACCGAAUCGAAUCGAGGAGCGAAAUCCAAAACCCCGCGAGCCAGGCACCCACCCCGACCCCCCGGCCAUGGUGGUCUACACCCAGGAGCACGUCUACCGGCACCCGUGGGACCGCGUGACGGCGGCGGCGUGGCGCAAGUUCACGGACCCGGCCUCCCGCACGGCGCUCUCCCACGUCGCCGACGUGCACACCCUGCAGCGCCGCGUCGACACGGACGCCGGCCGCCUCCACGCCGCGCGCUCCAUCACCGUCCGCUCCCCGCCGCUCCCCUUCAUCCUGCGCCGUCUCCUCCCGGCCGCCGCCGCCUCCCCCUCGGGCGCCGCCAUCUGCCACUGCGUCGAGACCUCCGUCGUCGACGCCCCGCGCCGCGCCAUGGACAUCGUCGUCCGCAACGUCAGUCUCCGCGGCAUCAUCGAGGUGGAGGAGCGAUCCACCUUCCGCCCCCACCCGGACCGCCCCGACGACUGGACGCAGUUCAGGCAGGAGACCACUAUCCGCUGCCGCCCGCUCGCCAAGCUCGCCGCCGUCGCCGAGAAGGUCGAGACCCGCUGCGCCGAGAGGUUCCUGCAGAACAGCGCCAAGGGGAGGGAGGUCGUCGAGCGGAUCUGCCGCUACCUCGAGGCCGAGGCGGCCGGCGCCGCGCCUUCCGCCGUCUGAUCCGCACUGGUUUGCGCUCCCUCUCUCUUGGCCGUUCUGGAUCUGAUCGAAUCCAAGGUUUCGCUCGAUCUGUGCUGCGGGUGCAGACCCAGGCCUCGCGUCGAGGCCUCCUUUUGUUUUUUUAAUUUAAUUUUGUUUUGUAUAUGAGCUGAAUCCUGAACGGAAUAAAGCUUGUGAGCAUAGACUUCA